AUGGGGUCCAAUAACUGGGAAGGCCCGGAUCAUGGCUUGCAUUUGGGUGGCCCAGAUGACGAGUUUCAGCAGUUUCUCGACAUGAACGGGAUGGGGAACAUGGCAGAUGGCCUACACUUCGAUUUCACGGACUUCCAAAACACAAAUGGCGGCCACAUCCCCCAGUCCCAGUCCAGGGAAUCCAUCGACACCACCAUGGGUGGCACAGACAACGGCAACAUGAUGCCGCGCCUUGACAAUGGCAUACAAGGCCAGAUGCACAAUGUUACCACUUCAACGCCUCUGUCUAGUAUACCCGCCAGCCUGAUGCCACCGCCCACGCCCAGCGAGGCGAUGGCCGAGAUCGACGCCCAGAUUCAGUAUCUCCAGCAGCAGAGAAUCCAGCAGGCACAGCGACACAUGGAGGAGCAACAGGCCGCUUUCUUCGUCCGGCAGCAGCAGCAAAGUCGCAUGGUUCCGCCGACACCCCAGAGCCUUGAACUCCAAGCUGGCACUCAGUUCUACAGCCCGCAUGACCAGAACCGGCAGGCCAUGUAUGACCGUUACUCGCAGCUCAAGGAGCAACAUCAGGAGUUAUCAUUUACUCCUCUUGUCUCUCCUGCGGUCACCCCGCUCGAGUCACAAUUCGCAAUUGACACGCAGUUCACCGUGCCGGGAGCUUACUUCAGCCCUCUGACAUCUCCCGCUCUCCAUGCACAGAACGAUGCAAACGCAGGCUUCGACCAGAGGCUGUCAAGUACCAAUUCGCCAGUGGACAUGGAGUUGGAGUCGCUUCCGGGUCCUGCUGCCCCAACUUCGGGAGAAGUAGUCAAGAAGCUGAGGAAGUCAACCACCACCAAGACGAGGAAAAGCACGGUCAAGUCAUCUCCUAUCACCAAAGCGCAGAGGAGGAAAACGUUGACUACGCCCAUUAUGAAGUCGCAACAGGCGCUGAAUCAAGUUGUCGAAGACCUUGAAUCGCGAGACCAACAGAUGUCUCAGCUGCCACCUCCUGCUCCUCAGUCAUCUCACGCGACCGCGUUCGGAGGCACCACCGAUUCCGAAAAUGGCUCCGUCUCUCCCCAGAACCUGAGCGAUAUGCCUCCGCCUCCGGUGCCAAAGUCAAAGUCUGCCCGCCCUUCCCCGUACAUGGGGCCGCAGAACGGGGCCGCAGCACACAAUCUUGCUACUCUACCAGGCCAUCCUUCUCCAGCCACACCUGCGUCAUUGAUGAAACUGCCCUCACCCAAGGCAAACAAGUCAAGUAGUAGGGCAACGAGCCAGGAGCCGGCUCCGAAUGAGCACAUUGAGAUGUUUGAGCUUCCCGAGUCUGUCAACUCGACCUUCCAAAAGCCCAACCCACGGCCCAUUGAGACUAGGUCGCAAACUCAAUCACCCGCUCUCUCGCCAAUGUCGACAAAGACUCCCGGCGCUCAUCCCGCGCUGUCUCCCGCUACGUUCGCCAAGCCUCCCGCCCCGGGAUCGGCGACUGCCAGCCCUCAGCUGACCCCAGGUCCCCCCUCUGGGUCCUUGCGAAAGACGCCACAGAUGCUUCCCCGAGGUAGCAAAAAGCGAGGCAGCAUCAAUUCCGUGCACGUGUCGCCUGCUCUCCGGCCCAAGAUCUCGCCCAAUAUCAAGCCUCUGCUUCCGGGCGGCACUACAGCUGAGGACACCGCAUCGCUCUUGCUCGCUUCCAAGUCCAACUAUCAGAACAUUCUUGAGGGAAACAAUGUGCCUGGUGUCUCAUAUCCCAGCGAGCUAUCGACGAACCUUACCUCGAAGAGGACGUCUCACAAGAUUGCCGAACAGGGUCGGAGAAACCGGAUCAACUCGGCUCUCCAAGAGAUCGCAACCCUGCUCCCCGCGGUCCCUCCCAAGGAUAGCGAAGGCGAAGGCAGUGAUGGGAAGAAAGAGGGAAAGAACGGAGCCAACAGCGUGCCCAACAGCAAGGCGAGCACGGUCGAGCUGGCGAUCGAGUAUAUCAAGCAGCUGAAGCAGGAGGUCGAAGAAGCGAACAAGCGGGCCGAGGAGGCUGAAAAGAAACUUGCUAUGCAAGCGUGA